GCCGUGAGCGCAGUCCCGCGCCGCUGUCAAACUCGAUUUGACGUUUCAAUCUGACAGCGGCUGUCUAUCACGCGCUCGAAUUUCGAAUUAAGAAAUCAUGCCCUAUCAAUAUUAAUGCUACACUCGUAUCUGAUACUUCGACUCGAGGGAUACGCAUAAUCGUGUGGACUCCUACGUCUGUGUCGUGUGAACAUUCGAGAUGGCCUUCGAGGACAGAUGCAGCCCGAACCAGGCAACCAGCCCCGGGCCGGUGGCGGGGCGGGUGCCGGCGCCGCACCAGAGCACCACUGGCAUCAGCUACUGCCCUAGCCAGUACACCUGCACCACCAUCGAGCCGAGGUACGACAGGUCCCCCAACAUGACCAUAGUCAAGGUCCAACCGAACUCCCCCCCGCCUAGUCCCGCCCAGGAGAUGGACUACCAGAGCUACUACCGACCGGAGACGCCAGACAUCAAGCCGGUCAUCCAAUUCGAGCCGGACAAGAGAAACCGGCAGCAGCCGUCCGCGCCCAUAGCGUUCUCGAUCAGCAACAUCCUCCAUCCCGAGUUCGGCUUGAACGCGAUACGGAAGACGAGCAAAAUAGAAGGACCGAAGCCCGUCGGCCCGAGCCACAGCAUUCUGUACAAACCGUACGACCUAUCUAAAGAUUAUUCCAAAUACAACUUCGAUUACAUAAAAUCGAAGGAGCCUACCGAUCCCCUGCCGCCGCUCGGAGGGUUGAGGCAGACGAUCUCCAACAUCGGCGAGCAGAUUCAACAGAAGGAACCAAAGAUUGUGGAGCCGCAGAAGAGGCCGGACUCGGCGAGCUCCAUGGUGUCGUCCACGUCGAGCGGGGCGGUGUCCACCUGCGGCAGCACGGACACCAACACCGGAAACUCCACGCUGUGGCCGGCCUGGGUCUACUGCACCAGAUAUAGCGACAGGCCUAGUUCAGGUCCAAGAAGCAGGAGAAUGAAAAAGAAAACGAGCACAGAAGAGAAGAGACCGAGAACGGCUUUCAGCGCCGCCCAGCUCGCCAGACUAAAGCACGAGUUCGCUGAGAACCGGUACCUGACGGAGCGGCGGCGGCAGGCGCUGGCGGCGGAGCUGGGCCUGGCCGAGGCCCAGAUCAAGAUCUGGUUCCAGAACAAACGCGCCAAGAUCAAGAAGGCCACAGGCCAGAGGAAUCCCCUGGCCUUGCAGCUAAUGGCCCAGGGCCUCUACAAUCACAGCACAAUAACGGAGAGCGACGACGAAGAGGAAAUUAGCGUCACGUAAAAACGUUACAAAAAUUACUUAUAAGAUGCCUGACUCUGAAGUCUGGAGUCUGGUAUCAAUUCGUAUUUUUCUUGCAAAAAGUGAAUAGAUACGUCAAUUUUUAGUCAAGCUAUUUCAUAAAGUGCACAAUACAAGCUUUUCAAUCUUACAAUUUCUAAAAAGGGCGAUUUUGAGGCCAUGUAGAACUCUGCUUUAACAAUUUAACGUAAGUUUACCAAAUUAGGCCUUAUACGAGGCCACUGCAUUUUGUAGACCCCUAACGGGAUAAAUAGAGUAAA